GACCCUUUAGCGCGGUGAGUUUGAAACUGCUCGCACUUAGCUCCAAAGCUGGCGCUUGGAAGUUAGGGAGAGCGUCGCUGACUUGGUAGCCGCCGCAGCUUUCGCCGCGGGAUAAAGCCGGGGUCUACCAUACCCACUGAUUAAGUAUGGAAGACUAUACCAAAAUAGAGAAAAUUGGAGAAGGUACCUAUGGAGUUGUGUAUAAGGGUAGACACAAAACUACAGGUCAAGUGGUAGCCAUGAAGAAAAUCAGACUAGAAAGUGAAGAGGAAGGGGUUCCUAGUACUGCAAUUCGGGAAAUAUCUCUAUUAAAAGAGCUUCGUCAUCCAAAUAUAGUCAGUCUUCAAGACGUGCUUAUGCAGGAUUCCAGGUUGUAUCUCAUCUUUGAAUUCCUUUCCAUGGAUCUCAAGAAAUACUUGGAUUCUAUCCCUCCUGGUCAGUUCAUGGAUUCUUCACUUGUUAAGAGUUAUUUGUACCAAAUCCUACAAGGGAUUGUGUUUUGUCACUCUAGAAGAGUUCUCCACAGGGACUUAAAACCUCAAAAUCUAUUGAUUGAUGAUAAAGGAACAAUUAAACUGGCAGAUUUUGGCCUUGCCAGAGCUUUUGGAAUUCCUAUUAGAGUAUAUACGCAUGAGGUAGUGACACUCUGGUAUAGAUCUCCAGAAGUAUUGCUGGGGUCAGCUCGCUACUCAACUCCAGUGGACAUUUGGAGUAUAGGUACCAUAUUUGCUGAAUUAGCAACGAAGAAACCACUUUUUCAUGGGGAUUCAGAAAUUGAUCAACUCUUCAGAAUUUUCAGAGCUUUGGGCACUCCCAAUAAUGAAGUGUGGCCAGAAGUGGAAUCUUUACAGGACUAUAAGAGUACAUUUCCCAAGUGGAAACCAGGAAGCUUAGCAUCCCAUGUCAAAAACUUGGAUGAAAAUGGCUUGGAUCUGCUCUCGCCCACCAGGCUCCUCCAUCCAUGGGAUUUUCCAGGCAAGAGUACUGGAGUGGGGUGCCAUUGUCUUCUCCUAAAUCUUAUGAAUCUCAGAAAAUGUUAAUCUAUGAUCCUGCCAAACGAAUUUCUGGCAAAAUGGCACUGAAUCAUCCGUACUUUAAUGAUUUGGACAGUCAAAUUAAGAAGAUGUAGCUUUCUGACAGUUUCCCUGUGUUGUGUCAAGAACAGAUAAUUGUAUUUUUACUGUUCAUCUCUGUUUUUGUUUUGUGUAUUUUUCUUUUCUUUGUUGUAAAACUUAAUCUGUACUUCAUCUUCUGAUUUCAAAACUAAGUUAAAAUGUAAAUACUGUUCUAUAUGAAUUUAAAUAUAAUAAUUCUGUAUAUGUUUGUAGAUUCCACUGUAACAGCUGUUUGUUACUAUAAUAAAACUAUAUAAAUCUAGUAUUGAUGUCAGGAAUCAGGAAAUUUUUGAGUUAGCUUAAACCAUCUAAAAUGCUACCCCAGUCUUCUUUUCUUGUUGGAAAUACUAAAAUUUAGGAAAGUGUGCUAAGUUCAAAGUUCAUAAUGCUUUGAAGUAUUUUUAUACUCUGUUUAAAUUUUCUUGUCAGUUUCUUGUUAUGUGGUAACUAUACACCCUGCCUAAAGAUGAAUAUUUUUCUACUGGUAUUUCAAUUUGUGACCUAAAUGUUUAGGCAUUCAGAGUGAGAGAACUAUCCAGAUUUGAGAGACGAUGCUUAAUUUAUAGAGGUUUUUAGUAACUUGUAAAACUAACAUUAGUAUAUGCCAAAGCUUGCUAAGUUUUACAGUCAGAGAUCAAGGGCUGUCCACAGCAGGAAAGAACAGUUUAGAAAAUUUAUGAGGUAUCCUAUUUUUAGGAAGGUUAUGAAAGUUAUUUGUCUGAGUGAAUUCUUGUGCUUUGGUCAGAGGUAACAACCAUACAAAGGAGUUGCUUAUCUUGGCUUUCAAGUCUGACUAAACUCUUUGCAAAUUUUGACAUAGUUUAGUUUAUUAGCAGCCGCCUUAGAAGGUUCUAAUGUAUAAUUAUUUAGCCGAGAUCACUAGCUUUUGGAAUUGUUUAAUAAUGCUGCUCAUUGUGAUUUUUACCUGUAAGUAGCCUAAUUUAGAUUGUUUGUUAUAGCCAAAAGAAGUGUCUCUAAAAAUACUUUUUAUCAUUUUUAGUGUAUAUCUAUCCACUGGCUGCCCAUAUGCUCUGUUUUUCAUGCUGAUAGCCCAUGACCAGAAUGAGCCUUCUUGUGUGGCUGAUCCAGUUGAUUGAGUGUGUAAUGGGUGAUCUACCUAAUCUUGUUGUCUUCUAAUUUUUUCACUUGAGGAGAAAGUAUGGGUCACUUUCUUUGGCAACAGGGCAUAAGGUGAGAGUUUUGGUGGCCACCUUCUAGGUCUUUCGGUGGAAGCCAGCCUGCAGUAAGGGAAUGCAACUAGAGAUGGAAGUCGUUUGAGGUCACACUGUUGAGAGAUUUCAUGGUGGGAAUUUGGUAAGUGAAAGGUCAGUCACACAAGAGUUAAUUGAGAUGGUGAAAUGGUGAAAUGGAGUAUCUGCAGAUUGUCUAUGAAGUAUUGAAAUGGGUCUGCUUUUCAAUUGUGCAUUACAGACCUUUGGCGGUGUAGAAUCAGCAUUGAUAACUGAUGCCGCCACCCCUCUGCCCCACAAAACUAUCAGUGUGUCUUAUAAAUUAUUUCUUGGUCCUUCUGUUUCAGUAAUAUGCAGACGCGCUGGUGUCGCCAGUGUUUGGGGCCUUGUGGCUUUGGUCGCAGCAGCCUGCCUGCAUGCUCAUUGCUGUUGUUCAGUGCAGUCUAAUUGUUUGAAAAGUCAGUAAUUCAUCAGUUUAGAACCUACUUGGUGGACCAGGGAAAUGAGAUGGAAGAACCCUGCCAUCAGUUGCUGUAAACAGACAUACGUUUUGUUCUGCUCCAGCUCUCUGUGUAGUCCUAAGUAAAGUGUUUAUGUCAGCUUCAGUGACUAGUUGAAAAGCCACUGAACUGGGUCCUCAUCUCAUGCAUAUUUUUAAAUUGGCUUGUGCUGUGGCGCUUCUGAUUGAUUUUAAAGUGGAUCUUGUCUUUGUUAAAUCUGUUCUGUGCUAGAAACACCUGAGACUAACUCUCUUCCUACCCUGAACAGUUAAAAGUCCCCCAAGAUGAUUCUGAUGCAGCCAGUUAUCGCCAGUUGGUGGUGACUUUAACAACUUUAGACCAACAUCUAGUUUUAGUUGUCUGAAAACUUUGUUAUCUUGCAUUAUCUCUAACUUGUUCUAUUUCCGUUUUAGGCUGUACCAAGUUCUUUGGUGAGGGGAGAGGUUUGUGUAUUUUAUCACCAGUAGGAGACUUCCAUAUACUGUGACUAAUGCUGUAUCUUAUUGUCUGUAGGCUUUAGAGAAGGAUUUGUUGUUGUUGUUAAACAUAAAAUAUAAAGGCAGUAAUGAUGCAAAGAAGUUAAUACAUAAUGUAUAAUAAAAUCAUUAAUUUAUAUGUGGA